GACUGAGUCCCCUCCCUUCUCCCACUUUACCAAUGCCUGGUCUCAUGGGGUUAGUUUUGAGCCCAACACUAUGGCAUCAUCAACCUCCUCAGCUCCUCGCUCCCGGUCCAGGAAGCCUCUGGGCAAGAUGGCUGACUGGUUCAGGCAGGCCCUGUCGAAGAAGCCCAAGAAGAUACUGGAAUCCUCAGACGGCCCCUCCAGUGACGUCUCACAGCCGAGCUCCCAGGACCACCCCCCACGCCUGGGCCUCAGCUCAACCUCGUCUCCAACACACGUGGUCGCCAGCAGCAGCGGCAGCAGCAGCAGCGGCAGCAGCGGCCGCUGGAGCAAGGACUACGAUGUCUGUGUGUGCCACAGCGAGGAGGACCUGGCAGCCGCCCAGGAGCUGGUCUCCUACCUGGAAGGCAGCACCGCCAGCCUGCGCUGCUUCCUGCAGCUGCGGGAUGCAACCCCAGGCGGCGCCAUCGUGUCCGAGCUGUGCCAGGCACUGAGCAACAGUCACUGCCGCGUGCUGCUCAUCACCCCAGGCUUCCUGCAGGACCCGUGGUGCAAGUACCAGAUGCUGCAGGCCCUGAGUGAGGCUCCCGGGGCGGAGGGCCGCACCAUCCCCCUGAUGUCAGGCCUCGCCAGAGCCGCCUACCCCGCUGAGCUCCGGUUCAUGUACUUCGUGGACGGCCGGGGCCCCGACGGUGGCUUUCGCCAAGUCAAGGAAGCUGUCAUGCGUUGUAAGCUAUCAGGGAUCUGCAGACCAUCAGCUGACACUUCUAUCACCAUGGGACCCAGAAAGUUGGAGCAAAGCCGGAAAUCGAGUUAGAGAGCCCAGGGUCUCACAGGGUCUUGGAUUCCGGCAGCUGUGACGAGGUGUAAGGAACCAGUCUGUAGCACUUUGUAUGUGAUCCUGGGCUCAGACUGCCCAUCAGGCACCCAUUACCGGGGACUCCCCCACGAAGGCCAUGGGGAAGCUGGGGACUCCCCCUGAGGAAGGCAUGAGGAAACUGGGGACUCCCCAGGAAGGCCAUGGGGAAGCCAGAAAUUGUAGGUGGUGGGAGGUGCUGAUACCACGAUGAUCACCAGUGUUUUGCCUCCGGCCCAACUGGACACAUGAAGCCCGGGCACAUGCCUACAUCUUCCCCUGGAAAGGUCACUUACCUGAUUCAUGGGCUAGAAGCCUACACCGCAUGCUUCAGAGGGGAUGGUGUCCCCAGUUGCCUGGCAUCAGGAGAAAGCAACAGGUACCGAUCCUUCACACUCACACUACUGCCCUUCUCUUUCCCAGGGACGUUGUUCACUUCAGAAAUCUACACGAAAGAUGCAUUCAGCGCUGUCCUGAAUUUUUAUUGCACGUGUCAUUAAGACACAUCUAGAAACCAUUCUGAAUAGACAGGAGGUGGCAGGGAGCAGCAGGGGUGGAGGCAAGGAGAAGCUCAGACCCUGCCCCUGGGUCAGAAGCCCACCCACCGAUGCUCUGACUCAUGGGGGCCUCAUCAGAGGUCUGACUAGAAGCCAAGCUUUUACAAGCUUCUUUACGUCUGCACUGAGAGAGAUGAGCUGUCUUCUUCUGGCAGAUGACUGUGGGCCUUGUAGGACAAGGUUUCAUUCACCUGUUCUCAAUAAGUCUGUUGUUGAACCGAAAUGAAUUUCGAAUACAUUCCCCUGAUGUAUACUUUUGUGCCACUUCUCCCUACCACGUCCCCUCCUUUUACUGGAAAAAUUCAUAUAUAUAUAUAUAUAUAUAUAUAUAUAUAUAUAUAUAUGUACACACACAUAUAUAUACGUAUAUAUAUAUAUGUGAGAUAUAAUUAAUAUAUUAACAUUAGUUUCAGGUAUAAAACAUGAUUUGACAUUUGUAUAUACUGUGAAAACAUUUUCUAUUUUCAUAAUGCAUUAUUUUAUUGCAUACAAAAAGACUCAAGAAUAUAAUGUACACUCCUGUAUAUUCCCCUCAGCUUAAGAAGCCCAACCUUACAAUCCCUAUGGUACUCCCUUUGUGCCUUUAAUUACAUUCUCCUCCCUUUUCCCAUCAGAAGCAAUCACCCUUCUGAAUUUUGAAUUCAUCAUUGUUAGCUUUUCACGUAUACAUCCCUGAGAACAUAUUUACUUUUACAUGGUUUUGUACUGUAUCUAGUGGUAUUAUAAUGUUCGUAUCCUACAAAUUCUUUUUUUUUUUUUUAACCAUGUUAAGAUUUAUCCAUGUGGAUGCAUGUAACGAACACCAGGAACUUCACUAUGGUUCUAUUAUGUAAACAUACCACGAUUUAGUCACACAUUCCUUUACAAACAGACAUUUGGUUGUUUGCCAUUUGUUGCUAGUAAAAACAAUGAGUUUAUGAACAUUUUUGUGCAUGUUUCCAUGAGCAAGAUUUUCUAGGACUUAGCCUAGAUGGGGAACAGCUGGGUAGUAAAUACACAUCUUCAAUUCCGGUAGAAAAUGCCAAAUUUUCUUCCAAAUUGGUUGUGUCAGUGUAUGUUCCCACCAUUAGUGUGUGAGAUUUCCCACUUUUUCAUGUUCUUACUAACACUUAGAAUUAUCGGAUUGGAAAAUGUUUGUUGACCUGGUGGGUGAAAACUGGUAUCCUAUUCUUUUCUUCUUUUUAAACUGUUUUGGUGUGUGUGUGUGAGAAAUUCUUUGUAUGUCAUAAACCAAAGAGAAAAAUUUGACCAAUACCCAUAUACCCAUCGCCUGGCUUCAACAAUUACCAACUCAGAGCUAAGCUGAUAUCAACAAUCACCCCACUCAUUCCCUCCCCACCAGGUCCCUCUGAAGCAAAUCCCAGGCAUUAUUUUAUUCCUACAUAUCAAACUAUGUAUCUUUUUAGAAGUUUUCCCAAAAAAUGUAUCUUUUAAAGAACAGAAUGCUUUAUUUUUUAAUAUAAAACCUUUUACCUAUUA